GCCAUACUGUUUGAGAAAGUGUGCCUGGAAAUUCCUACUCAAUCAUGCCAGAGGGAAAUCAUAGCAUUGUGACUGAAUUCGUCCUUACUGGAUUCCCUGGACUUCAUCCAGAGUAUCAAGGCAUUGCCUCUGUUGUAUUGUUCAUCGUUUAUUUCUUAACUUUGACAGGCAACUCUAUGAUUAUUUUUUUAUUUGCAAUUGACCACAGCCUUCAUAAGCCUAUUUAUUAUAUAAUUCUAAAUCUGUGUGCAUGUGACCUUUUCUUUAGCACAACCACUUUACCUAAAAUCAUCAGUAAAUAUUGGUUUCAAUCAGGGACUAUUUCAUUCACUGCUUGCUUUGUCCAAAUGUACUUUGUUCACUAUCUUGGCACAGUGAAUUCCUAUAUUCUCUUCCUAAUGGCUUUAGAUAGGUAUUUGGCUAUCUGUCAUCCUCUCAGAUAUCCACUUCUUCUUAAAAACUCCACAAUCUACAUUCUCAGUAUUUCUGCGUGGAUUGUUGCCCAGGCAGGUCCUUUAAUGUUAGUUAUUAGAGCGUACCCUCUUCCUUACUGUGCCUCAAACAUAAUCAACCACUGCUACUGUGAUCAUAUUGGUAUAACCAUGCUGGCAUGCACUGACAGGGCACCUUAUGGUUUUCCUGCUUUUGUGUUAGCGAUGGUUACACUGCUGGGACCUCUGGCGUUUAUAGUUUUCUCUUAUUGCUCUAUAAUUAUAUCAGUACUGAAGAUAGCAAAUGUACAAGGUCGACUCAAAUUGCUGUCCACUUGUAGUACUCAACUGAUUAUAAUCGCACUCUAUUAUUUACCCAGAUGUUUUGUAUAUUUAGCCAGCAAUGUUGGUAUUACAUUUAGUGCUGAUGCGCGAAUAGUAAUUAUUAUGCUGUAUAGCCUUUGCCCUCCCAUGAUCAAUCCACUUAUAUACUGCUUAAGAGCUAAAGACAUGAGAGAAAGCUUGUGGAAGCAAUUCAGCAGAAAGCCCAUUCCACAAAAAGCACAAGUUUCAGCUAUUAGUAACUGAUAAACUAAUUCAUUAUUCAGUGUUUUUGCUUUCUUCUUAUUGGCCAUCUCGCUUUGUGAGGACUGGAAAGAAUAAAAGUAUUGAUUAUGGAUAAACUGAAAGCCAAAGCUAUCACCAAAGUUAAACAUUUAAUUUUAAACCAUGUUUUAAUUUAAAGUACAUUCUUAGAGAGAGGCAAAAAGACUUUCUUUGUCUGGGUUAUCAGCAUUUAUUGAAUGAAACAGCCCCUUAUGUUUGUUCUGUAAAACAAAUAAUGUCAUUAUUACGGCAAUGUAUGAUCUCUGUCGACCUGCCAAGUUGUUAUGAAAAUUGUGUCAUGUAUUUUACUGUCAGAGUACAAGGUGAGCUCAAAAUAGAUACACAGAAUGAAGGUAUAUUUCAAACCUAUGUCUUGUAUGUUUAUCACAAAAUGUAAUCAAUAAAAUAUAUAUAAAUGAUGAAUAA